GGAUGAAAAGGGCACCCGAGGCGUUCUGCCUCCUUGCGACUCCGUGUCUCGCCGAGUCUUGACCUUUGAAACUUCCCUCUUUCCCACUCUUUAAAUCUCUCUCUCUCUCUCUCUCUCUAAAAAGAUCUGGUCUUUCCUGCGAGACAGUUUACGAUUUCUCAGGAUUGCUGUUGGUCUCUGAAAAGAUUCUGAAUUACCGUUGUUUCAAUUUCGUUUACGAUCUUCUACGCGGCCCAAGUAAAGUGUUGACAUUUUUCCAUCGAAAAUGUUCGGUUUAAAGAAGUCUCCUUUGAAGACUGCCAAACAUAUCACACUCGAUCCUGUACAUCCUGCUUCCUCUGGCUCAAAUCCUUUUGAGGAUGCACCAGUUGGACAGAAUGCAAGCACCAAUCCAUUUGAUGAUGAGCGAGGACAAGAGAACUCUGCUUCCUAUGCAUACAAGACUGCUUUGACAGAGAGGAACAAAUACAAGAAUGAUUUCCGUGACACCGGAGGAGUACAGAAUCAAUCAGUGGAAGAGUUGGAGAACUAUGCAGUGUACAAGGCUGAGGAGACUACAAAAGCAGUCAACGGCUGCUUGAAGAUUGCUGAAGAAAUAAGAGAGGAUGCUACCAAGACUUUGGUCACGUUGCAUCAGCAAGGCGAACAAAUCACUAGAACCCACAUGGUUGCUGCAGACAUAGAUCAGGAUCUUAGUCGGGGUGAAAAGCUUCUGGGAAGUCUUGGGGGCAUGUUCUCUAAGACGUGGAAGCCAAAGAGGACUCGCCCAAUUAGUGGCCCUGUCAUCACAGGAGAUCACGCAGUCAGAAGGGGUAGCCAGGAGGAGAGGGAGAAGUUGGGACUGACUCCAGCACCCAAGGGAAGAUCUAAUCCCCGAACACUACCUGAUGGACCAACCAGCGCCCUUCAGAAAGUUGAGGUUGAGAAGGCGAAGCAAGAUGAUGGAUUGUCCGAUUUAAGUGAUCUGUUGGGAGAGCUGAAGGAUAUGGCUGUCGAUAUGGGGUCUGAAAUUGAGAGGCAUAACAAAGCUAUAGACGGUGUCUACGAUGAUGUUGAUGUGAUAAAUGGCCGUGUUAGAGAUGCAACUCAACGUGGUCGUCGCUUGCUCGGAAAGUAGAAUGCAGGGUUGUAGAUGGUUGCCUGGACGGACCGGCUUGUAUUUGCGUCUCCUUCCCGUAGCCCUCGUUAUUUUUCCCCAUUUAUUGAUCUGGAUUUUGUAUAAAACUUUGUUCGUCGAUCACGAAUUUGAAGGAUAAAUUGAUAAAACGAUGCCUUUUCCUUGUAA